AAUUUGAGGUGAAUAUAUAUUAUAAUUGCUGACACUCCUUCAUAACCUCUUCACCUCUUACUUGAAACCCUAAUUUCAAUUUCCGUUCCGCCAUGGGAAAGAAACGGAGCUCAACUCAAAUCGAGAAGCUUUCCGCUCCCAAAGAAGACGAGCCACCCACCCCCGCCCCCAGAGACGACGGAAAACCACAUCCGGAAGAAGACAAAGUCUCCGAACAUGAAGAUGAUGAAGAUUCAUCAGCUUCUUCGUCUGAAGCGGAAGAAGAUGACGAUGAAGAAGAGGACACCCCUUCCAAAAACUCAAGUCCACCGCUGACCAACCCUCGUCCCAAAACCGAAGACGAUUCAGACUCUGAAGACGAUGAGUCUGAAACUGAUUCAGACUCUGAAGAUGAACCUGCUCCCAAGCUCAAAUCCCUCAACUCAAACUCAAAGCCUGUGGAUCAGAUCAAAUCGAAGGCCGACCCCAAACCCUCCUCUGCACCACCAGCCAGAUCUGGAACCAAACGUCCGGUUGACAAUGAUCCUAUACAAUCAAAGAAGAGGAAAACUCAAGCUCCUGCUGAGGAGGACAACAAGAAGUCCGGGGAUGAGUCUAAGAAGUUGUUUCAGAGAGUCUUCAAUGAGGAUGAUGAAAUGGCCAUUCUCAAAGGUAUAUAUGAUUUCAUUACCAAAACAGGGACCGAUCCUUUUAAGUACCACACGGCUUUUUAUGAGUUUGUGAAAAAGUCGAUUCACAUCAAAGUUACACUGGAGCAGCUCAGAGAUAAGAUGCGGAGGCUGAAGCAUAAAUACGAGACUAAGGCCAAGAGUGGAAAAACUCCUAAUUUCACCAAAGAUAACAACCGGAUAAUGUUUGAAUUUGGCCAAAAGAUUUGGGGUGGUAAACUCAAUGUUAAUGAAGCUGAAGAAAAGGGAAAACCUAAUGGGAAACUUUCCAAGAAGGAACCUGUGGCUAAGAAACCAAGAACAACUAAGAAAUUGGUUUUGGAACCUGAUUCACCGCUGCCUGUUGUGAAGGACACGAGGAAGGUGGAAAGUACUGAUACGGGUUCCGGUUCGAUUCUGGCUUUGAAUGAACUGAUUCGUUUUGACGAGAGUGUAAGUGGCUCUGGGAAGACUGUGGGUGCGAUGAAGAGGGGAUUGGAGUUAAUGGGGGAAUCAGAGAGGGAAGAGUUGGAGAGAAGGUGGGAGAAGGUGCAGGUUGCUGAACUGGAGGUGUUCAAGAUGAGAGCUGAUUUGGCUGUGGAUCAGGCUAUAUCGAUAUUGGAUGCAUUGAAGUCGUCAUCAGGCGAUUAGGUUUGUUGUUAAUGGCAGUGUUGGUUAACUGUGGUAAUAUAUAACUUUGGUCUUUGAUUUGUGUUCAGAUUUUUUUUUGGCUAUGGUCUAGUGAUACUUUAGUUUACAGUUCUGCUGUUUAAUUAUUUACCUUUUGAAAUUAGUAUUGUGGUUUUAGAAUUCAAUGGAUAAUUUUAAACACAAUAUGCAAAUGCUAUGCACAUAUUGUGUUGUUGUGAAGUAUUGGUAUAAUAUUAUGGAAAUAUGACAUGAAGUCUGCUUUUGAAUA